AAAGUUUAACGAGCUGAAAGUCUCAGGGAUGUGAGGGGGCGCGAGCGCGCGCGCGGGACCAGAAGAUGAAGAGCUGCGCUCGCGCCGAUACCCAGAGACGCUUGGCCGAAGUGCACAGAAAUAAGGAGGAUUUUUGUUCGGAUGUAGGAAUAACCAGUGAGGACAAACUCGACUUGUUUUUUAAGCUUAUUGGAGACCGCUUCUGAGUGACGAGGCAUCGCAAAAAAAAAAAACAGACAUUCCACUAAACUGAUAAGAAGAGCAAUGAGUGCAGACAUUUGGCUGGGGUGUAUCUGUAUCUGCCUGGCUGCUGUACUUUACACCGCUGACAGCACGCAGACUGUGGAACCUCCUGAGUGCAGUCCAGGGGGUCACACAGUUUUGCAGAACCCAUACCGGAGCACAAGCUUCAGCUCCCAGCAGGGUCCCCAGUCAGGCCUGCAGGAAAAGCUCAUCUGUGACCACUCACUGACACCUGGCUGGUAUAAGUUCCAGAUCUUCGAUAAACCAGCUCAAAUGCCCACCCAGUGUGUUGAGGUGAAUCAAUGCGGUACCCAGGCUCCAGUGUGGCUCUCUCUAGCUGACGGGGAGACUCUCCCACACCCCCUGGAGGUUAAGAAGUUAACAGCGUGUGCUACCUGGCAGUUGUUCAGUGGGCCAAAUAAGGAAUGCUGUCUGUUUCGAAUGCCUGUUACCGUGCGUAACUGUGGGCAGUUUUAUGUGUAUCACCUGCAGCCUACACAGGGUUGUAUGGCCUACUGUGCUGAGGAAAUGUCUGAUUCCCCUGAACCAACCUGUGAACCAGAGCACAGGAACAAAGAUGGAAGUUGCAACGAUAAGCAAGCUCCGUCUCCAUCAGUACCAGAGAUUGUGGCUGAGCUGUCAGGACCCAGCGUGUUCUUGAAGUGUAUUUUUGAUGGCCAGAGUGGAAACAGCUCUUUAGGAUUUGUGGUGACCUGGUGGCGGCUUGCCCCAAAUGGAAACAAAGAGGAACUCAGACAGGAGACAACUUUACAGACUUCAGCCUUUAUUGAGUUGGAUGGUAUCAACCUUCGACUUGGAGACAGGAUCUAUUGCAGCUGCUCCAGUUUCUUUCUAGAUGCUCCAGACAAACAAAGUCUUGCAGUGGAGAGUGUGGAAUUCUUUGCAGGGAUCCGACUGCAGCCCAAACUUGCUUCUAUCUUGGAGGAUGGAAAGGAGCAUGAGUUGGUCAUAGAGAGCACUGUUCCUGUACCCUGUCUUUCAGAAACAUGCAUGCUUUCAUUGCAGCUCAGCACCAGUAGCCAAGAUGAGGAGGUGCUGGGUCCUGAUCUGGCUCUGUCUUCUUGUGAGGUGAAGCUGUCACAUGCUCCAUGCCAAAACGGAGUGUGCAGCCAAGCACUGCUUCACUACAGCGCAGUGACUGAUCUCAGCAAGGACGGAGAUAGAAGCACUGAAAUCUCCAUCAAACCUAUAGUCAGCACUGAUUUCCUCUGGAAUGGAUAUACACCAGAAAGUGCGCAGAUCAUGGUAAAGGAUGUCCUACCUGCUUAUUGCUACAUUUUUACAGACCCUCACAUCAUAACAUUUGAUGGCAGGACAUAUGAUAACUUCCAUGUAGGCACAUUCGUCCUGUACAAGAGCACAGUUCAGCUGUUCGAAGUGCAUGUGCGCCAGUGGGAGUGUGCUAGUAUAACAGCCCACCCAACGUCCUGUGUGUGUGGCUUCGCAGUCAGAGAUGAAGCCAUGGUCAUCUCUUUUGACAUGUGUAAUGGAUUGGCUGGAGAAACAAAGCCACGCCUCAUAGUGAAGAAUGGAGAUCUGGCAAAGAGCGGAAUUCGCAUCACUGAGUCUUAUCAGGGUCGGAAACUGACUCUGACAUUCUCUUCAGGUGCAUUUGUUCGGGCAGAUGUAGCUGACUGGGGCAUGAGUCUGACUGUGAUGGCCCCCGGGUCUGACCGGAGCCACACUGAGGGUCUUUGUGGAACUUUUGAUGGACAACCACUCAAUGAUUACCACGGAGCAGGAGGCGAAAGUUUAAAAGAUAGUAAUUCUUUUAUUAAUGCAUGGAGGCUAGAACCAAGCAGCAGCUUUUUUGACAAAAUCCCACCCGACGAGAAGCAAAUGAGCAUUCGUCCCUUCUGCCAUUGUGAGAAGAAGCCACGCCAAUCAAACCUUACACCUAAUCUUCCCUCUAGCUCUUUUCCCUGCUCUCAUUUGGCCCAUUUUCACUCUCCUUCUAUAAUCCCUUUCCGGGAUAUCACAGCAGAAUAUAUCAGAACCAUCAAGCCUCUCACAGGCAGUGCUAGAAACCAUCCCAAGGCACACAGACAGGCUACUGGCUCUCAGAGUCGGGGGAGGUCCCAGAACCACAAACAAGCUUCAUCAGCCAUUGCCGAUCAGAGUGUAAGCCAGUCACACUCAGAGAGCUUGAAGUAUUUUUUCCCUGAAGACCAGGUUUUAUCUACACAUCCCGAACUACCAGCACCAACAUGGCCUACUGAGUCUGGUCUGACCGAGGCAGAUGCCCAGAGGCUGUGUGGUGAUGCCGUGCGUAAUUCCACUGUGGCGCUUGGCUGUGUUGGCCUGUUGGAUGAGGUUAUGGAGAAGGCACUGCAGAUGUGUGUGAUAGACCAGCAGCUGAAGGAUGAAAGAGCCUGGCUUGGAGCCACCUUGCCCCUUCUGGAGAAUGAGUGUGAGAGAAGAGUGGUGCAAGAAAAAGGAAGAAGGGAGGAGCUCCGGGAUGUCCUUGCCUUCCUUAAGUGCCCGAACCUAUGCAAUGGCAACGGACAAUGCACGGAGCGUGGCUGUAUGUGUUUUCCUGGGUUUGGCUCAUAUGACUGCAGCCAGGUCUCUGAUCAGACCCCAGAGAUCACAGAAUUGGAGGGUGGAGGACUCUGUGAUGUAAAACACAGCUCCUGUUCCACUGUCAGAGUCUUUGGGAAAGGCUUUAGGAACACAUUUGAACUAAAAUGUGAAGUGAUGAAGGAGAAGAUAGGAGAUGGUGAAUCACUGGGUGAUCCUCUAGUGGUUACUGCACUGUUUCUUAGCUCAUCUGCUUUAAAGUGCCAGCUCCCUGGUGGAGAUGUACUUGCCGAUGUCCACCACCCACCUGUCACUCGCUGGCAAAUUAAGGUUUCCAAUGAUGGCUACAGCUUUAGCAAUGCCAAGAUAUUCACACUGUUUGAUGGCACAUGUCAAGAGUGUACACUGAGCAAUGGGGUUCGGUGCACUUUAAAGAACAGCAGCUGUAGCAUUGAUGGUCAGUGUUAUGGAGAAAGUGAGCACAGUCCCAGCAGCCCCUGUCUCAUCUGUCGACCUGACCUCUCCAAAUACACCUGGUCCAUUAGUGAAAAAAAUCAGCCUCCAAUAUUUCAUUUAGAACAAAGUCUCCUGCAGACAUUUUAUGGGGAAAACUUUGUGUACCAGUUUGUAUCCACUGACCCAGAAGGUUCUGCGGUUCAGUUCACUCUGCUGUCUGGGCCCAAAGAUGCUGUUCUUUCUCCUGCUGGCCUGCUCAUCUGGAAAGCCCUUUCACCCUCCCCUGCGGCAUUUGAGCUGGCUGUGAUAGAUGACUGUAAUGCAGAGACACAGGCCACUGUAAAAGUCUCAGUGCGCCCCUGUGACUGCGACAAUGGAGCCUCGUGCGUGACCAACAUGAACUUCCCUCCUGGCAGUGGCGAGUAUCUUUGUGUCUGCCCAGCUGGUCUGGAGGGAGAGAGAUGUCAAGUUAAUGUGAAUGACUGCAAAUCGAACCCGUGUCAGAGAGGUGACUGUGUGGAUGGACUCAACUCUUUCACAUGUCUCUGCCCAGCAGGUUUUACUGGUGUGACAUGUGAGGAGGACAUUGAUGAGUGUGUAUCAGCUUCAUGCUUCUCUGGGGUAACCUGUAAAAACACACUAGGGUCAUUUGUUUGUGGACCCUGUCCUGAUCACUUCACCGGGGACGGAAAAACCUGCAUCCGAAAAGCAAGACACAGAGACCGCACAGAGGAUCAAGGAGUUAACAUCAGACCCUUCAAGCCCAACCUCAGCCCAGCUCAGAGCCCGUGCUCCGGGCGACCCUGUUACCCAGGGGUCCAGUGCUUUGAGAGUGUGUAUACAUCUGCUGGAUAUGUCUGUGGUCCCUGUCCUCAAGGUCUCCAUGGCAAUGGACAAACCUGCACAUCAAAACCAGAAAACAGGCCAACAGCGGUCACUAGGGAAAGGGACAGACCUGAUGUUCUUUUCACUUCAUCAUCCUCCACCUCAUUUCCAAAAUCUACAGAACCCACUGUUAUAGCUGAGAGACUGCAUUUCAAUAAAAAGACACCAUCACUCAUUGAGAGAAAGACUACUUUAAGCUCAGUUAAGCAUGAUAACAGUCCUGCAGCGGCUUCUGGAUCUGGAGGGCAGCUUCAUGACCAGGACUCAAAGCCCUUGGUUGUUGAAGAUGCGAGGACCUGUACUGAUUCUUCCUGUUUUCCCGGUGUUUCUUGCGAGCCUUCCAGCGCUGGACAUUUUGAAUGUGGCCGCUGUCCUAACGGAUACAUUGGGGAUGGGAUCACAUGUAAAGCCACAUGUCGUUAUCCAUGUGGUCAGAACAUGGAGUGCACUCUACCUAAUACAUGCACAUGUAAAGAAGGAUACACUGGAUAUAACUGCCACAUUGCUGUGUGUCGUCCUGACUGCAAGAACAGAGGGAAGUGUGUAAAGCCCAAUGUCUGUGAGUGUCCUGCUGCAUUCAGUGGACCAACCUGUGAGGAAGCUACAUGUGACCCACCAUGUCAAAAUGGAGGCAGUUGCUUGUCCAGGAACCUGUGCACCUGCCCCUAUGGCUAUGUUGGGCCACAGUGCGACAUUAUGGUGUGUACCCGGCACUGUGAGAACGGUGGAGAAUGUGUAUCUCCUGAAGUGUGUAGGUGCAAGCCUGGCUGGUAUGGACCAACUUGUAACUCAGCUGAAUGCAAGCCUGUGUGUCUGAACGGUGGCACCUGCAUCAAGCCUAACAUCUGUGCAUGUCCUAGUGGCUUCUAUGGAUCACAGUGCCAGAUAGCUGUGUGCAACCCUCCCUGUAAAAACCGUGGUCAGUGCAUGAGGAACAAUGUGUGCUCCUGUCCUGAAGGCUACACUGGCAAAAGAUGUCAAAUCAGUGUAUGUGAUCCAAUGUGCAUGAAUAAAGGGAAGUGUGUUGGACCAAACACCUGUUCCUGUGCUUCUGGCUGGCGGGGAAAAAUCUGUGACAUCCCGAUUUGCUUACAGAAGUGUAAAAAUGGAGGCGAGUGUGCCGGCCCCAACACGUGUCACUGCCAAGCUGGAUGGGAAGGUUUACAGUGCCAGACUUCCAUCUGCAAACAAAAGUGUCAAAAUGGAGGAAAGUGUGUGCUUCCAAACUUCUGUCAGUGUCGCUCAGGGUACACAGGAAUGAACUGUGCUGUCCGAACAAGAUGAUAAAAGAAGAAGAAACGUAUCAGGAGAUGGUUUUAUAAAAGGAGUCUCUAUCCAUCUCAUACUCCACAGGAGUGGACAUCUGAAAGAGAGAGAGAGAGUCUCUUAGACUCUCUCUAGAGAGUGUUCUCAAGUUUGUGUAAAUGUUUAUAGCAGCCAAAUUUUCAGGCAGCAACCAAAGUGAUCAUACUUAAAAUGUUGAUUUUUUUUUUUCAACUUUUUGGAUUUUUUUUUACAUAUUUUUUGGAUCACACAUCAAAUUUUGCAGUUUCGCUCUGCUGUUAGGUGAGUGCACUUAACAAAGCGUGUCUGCCAAGUGUACAUUUCAUAAGAGUAUUACAUUAUUCUCCAUUUUCAGCUGUUAAACGCAUAAGUUUUUUUUUUUAUAAAGUCUGUAAGUCACAGUGUAUAAAACAAACUGUAAGGAUGGAUUACAGCUAAUUGUGACAUGUAACAAAUUGAUGAUCUUAUAUUUUAUACAUGUACAUUUCCUAAAAAAAGAAUUGAUUUUAUUAUUAUUAUUAUUAUUAUUAUUAUUAUU